UAUUGUUUAAGUAAAUAAAUUACCAUAAAAUCGAGUUGGACACACCACCAAGGUAAAUGUUGUGACUGUGGAUCAUUCGGGACGGUAGGAGAACUCAAAUGGAGCCACGUUGGACACUUUUCUUGCUCAGUUUGUGGCUGCCAUUAGCUCUGGCAUUGAAACAAAAUAAAACAACGACACAAAAGUCCACUCCAUUGGCAGUUGAAACGGAAAAAUACUACAUCAAAUCAUCAGAGUGUCGCAUUUGGAAUUCCCAACAAAUAUCCAAGGAUACCAUAGCUGAUAGAACCAAUAUCGACUAUAGAGAAUGCUAUCAAGAUGAUGAUUUAAUAAGCACAAGCUUCCACGACAAAUACCAGCGUUAUAUGAUUCACAUCAACGAUCUGCUCUCCCAACUUAUCAUCGAUUACAAUUGCAGUUAUCGUGAGAUCCAAAGGGGCAACAAAAUCGAAGCUAAAGAUGUGCCCUUUCAGGAUGGUUAUGUGGUGCCGCCGGAGGUGGAGGGCAUGAUAGCAAGUUGCAGCAAUAGCCUCGGGGAAGUGCUCCAAACAACAGCCUUGGCCUUUGUGCAGCCGCGCAGUUCAGCCCGCAAGCUGCCAAAAUCCCCAAAAUCUCAACGCCUUAGACCCAAUGUCAUCAUGAUUAACAUUGGCAGCAUUUCCCGGCUGAAUUUUCGGAAAAAUCUACCAGAAUUGAGCAAAUAUCUGCAAAUGGAGGGCUGGCACGAGAUGCAGGGCUACGGGAGAGUGGCCCAAGGUCUCAUACCCAAUCUGAUGGCCAUUCUUUCGGGCUACAGUCCACACACAUGGCAGAACUUGGAAUGCCAAGCGAAGAAAUUUGGCUGCUUAGAGUCGCUACCUUUGAUCUGGAAUCACUUCAAGCGGCGUGGCUAUCUGACGGCCUAUGGGGAGGACAUGAGCUACCAGAGUCCUUUUAAAUACGAAAAGUCCAGCCUCGACUACUAUGCCAAAGGAAUCGACACUGAAAUGCCCAACGAUUGCAUUGGCAGACUGCUGAAUCUUCGCUAUGUCCACGAAUUCUGGCAGCUAUAUUUGGAGCGACAUUUGACCACGAAAACUCAGCCUCUGUUUGGAUAUUUUCGUACAAAUAGCUCGAGUUAUGAUCUCUUUGCGGAUGGCAACAUUCUGGAGCCAUUUCUUAUGGAUUAUUUGCAGCGUUUCAUUGAGCUGGGACUCUUCAAGCACUCGAUUGUGAUGCUUCUCAGCGAUGAAGGAGACCUUGAGGACCUUCUGCCUCUGCUGUUCAUUUGGCUGCCUCCUUGGUUUCGCGUGGAGCAUCCGGAAGCGGUGCAAUCCUUGAACACAAAUAGCCAACGUCUAACAUCCCCCUUUGACCUGCAUCUGACUCUCCAGCACAUCUUGGAGCUAGGCGAACGAUGGCCCCACGCUGUGCCGGAGCUGCAAGACUGUCCCAAGUGCCAGACGCUGCUGGCGCCCAUGAACGAGAGCCGCAGCUGCCCGGAUGUGGGCAUAAGUGAUGCCACAUGCCCCUGCGACAGCUACAAGCCACUUGGCUAGCAAGAAAACGAG